CCCUGCAUCGCGGGUUAUCAGCUGUGUGGUGGGGGAAGUUCUGUUUUGGAAAAAGUUUUUAAAUGUCAUUGGGAAGAUUUUUCCUCCGUGGAAUUUUCACACUUUUCGCCAGAUCAUCUCCAUUUUCUCUGUGAUUAUUGCACAGUGUUGAGUAUUUUGCAUCAAAGUCAGGCUCUGGGAUUUUUUAUGUGAGGAGAAAAUGGCUGUGUCUCGAGCUAAAGCAUUUAUGGUGACAUCUUCACGUGCUCUGUCCACGACAGCGUCCGUCUGGCGCGAUGGCAGCGAAUCCUGGCUGAGUAAGUUGCUGGUGAGGAAGAUUGAGCCGACGAAAGAACCACACAGUCGAAUGCUGAGUGAUAAGGAGAUCAUCUUUGCACUUCAUACACACAAUGUACGUCCGGACUCAAUAGGUAAGUACUUGGCCAACUACAAGACCACCGUGGAGCUGAUAAAUGCCAAGAAGGACAUCUCGUGCGAUCUGAUUGGAUCGUGGACGGUUCAAGUGGGCGAUAUGGAUCAGUGUGUUCAUCUCUGGCGCUACACUGGAGGCUUUGAGGCCAUUGAUCAGGCCAAGGAUAACCUCUGGCAUGACCCAGAGUACCUUAGGUUGAUGCAGGAGCGCGGGAACUACCUCAGAUCUCGACAUCUUCAGUAUCUCCUGGCUUUCAGCUACUGGCCACAGAUUCAGCUGCGUUCCGGAGAGAAGCACAUCUACGAGAUGAGAUCGUAUCGUCUCAAGCCAGGGACCAUGAUUGAAUGGGGCAAUAACUGGGCCCGAGCUAUCAAUUACAGACGCAACAAUGAUGAGCCCUUUGCAGGAUUCUUCUCCCAAAUUGGAAGACUCUACAAUGUGCACCAUAUUUGGUGUUACAAGUCCCUUCAGGCCAGGAAGGAGACACGUGAAGCUGCCUGGCGCUCUCCGGGCUGGGAUGAGUGCGUAGCUUACACGGUUCCGCUCAUCCGGGAGAUGCAUUGCCGCAUUUUGGCACCUACAGAAUUCUCUCCAACACAGUAAUCCUCCGGGGAGUAGUCAGGAUUAAGAAAAAAAACGGAGGAGUGCCCGGGAGUGCUCCGGAAGAGAAUGUUUAUAUUUUUCUAUGAGAGAUUUUAUACGCAUAUGGCCACAUUAAACAAAAAAAGUGUCAGGAUUUUUUCUGUUGCAGAACGUUGCUCCAAUCUCCAUGUAUAUACCUGGGAUUAUUUACGCAGAAUAAAUUGUAUAUAACUUA